UUUCUAAAUCGCUCGUCGGCGAUGGCCGACUCCGAUACGCUGUCCACGAUAUUUAGGUGUGACCGCGUGAGGUAAUCCUUCGUGCUUGAUAUAUGGACAUUUAACAUUGGACCGAGUUUCCGACAAAUUAAAAAGACCAAACUUUCUCCUAUUUUGGAAGUCUUUUCUCUCUUCUUUAGAUCUCUCUUCCCUUCCUUCUCUCUCUCUCUCCCACAUUGGUUCUUCUGCUUCUGCUUCUGAUUCUGAUACAGAAGCCUGAGACAUUCACAGUACUCCUUGAAUGGAUGCAAUCAGAAAGCAAGCUACGAAGCUCCGGGAACAGGUCGCAAAGCAACAACAGGCUGUCUUCAAGCAGUUUGGAGGUGGAGGAUAUGGAGGGUCAGAUAAUUUAGUUACAGAUGAAGCAGAACUGCAACAGCAUCAAAAACUUGAAAAGCUGUACUUUUCAACCCGUGCAGCCAAGCACUUCCAAAGGGAUAUAGUUCGUGGUGUUGAAGGUUAUAUUGUUACUGGGUCCAAACAAGUUGAGAUAGGUACAAAGUUGUCAGAAGAUAGCAGGAAAUAUGGUGUUGAAAAUACGUGUACCAGUGGUAAUACGUUAUCAAAAGCUGCAUUGAAUUUUGCACGAGCUCGUGGUCAAAUGGAAAAGGAACGUGGGAAUUUACUGAAAGCCCUCGGUACACAGGUUGCGGAGCCAUUAAGAGCAAUGGUUGUGGGAGCACCACUGGAGGAUGCUCGGCAUCUUGCUCAACGAUAUGAUAGAAUGCGACAGGAAGCUGAAGCUCAGGUAACCUGAGAUGUGUUUCUU